AUAACAUCAGGAGAAAUCGGAGUUCCUCUCUCAGUUUUCUCCAUCUUUUAGAUUUCUGAAGCCAAGUAAGUUGAUUACAUGAAUGAAAGAAAGUGUGGUGACAAAGGUAUAAGAUGUGUAAUAAGCAGCAAUAAAUCGGUAGAAUUUCAUAAAAUUUUGGGAGUGUCAUAGGCAUUUUUGUCACUGAUCAUUGUGUUUCCAACUAAAUUAGGCGGUUUAUUCAGUUUGGGUUAUGAUGUGCAUUUGGAUGUGUAAAUGGAUCAUUAAGUUUGUGGAUUUCGUUGUUUAUUAUAAAAGGAGGGAAGAACUUUGUGAAGAUGUAUAAUAAUGGGGAGAAAUUCAUUUACAUGAUCAUUUAUGUGAUUAUGUUGAUUGCAAACGCAUAUUUUAGUUUGAUCUACAAGAAUUAGAAAUUGGUGCUUUUGUUUUUGUUAGGCUAGGUAUUUGAGUACUUAAAGAAGUGAGAUGAUAUCUUUAUUGGUUGUUUGGGUGUUCAUUUCCAGGGGGGAUCACUGGCAUGAAGUUUAUUAGAAAAUAAAUACUUG